GGUUGUUAGCGUACGUGUGUGUUCACGUCGUGCGUCUGUGCACGUACGUGGGUUAGUCAUGGGUUAAGCCCAAGUGGCCCGAGUCUUAAGGCUGGCUUUGUGUGUAUGGUUAGGCAUGUACAGCUAUAUAUGGUGUAAUCUCCGAAUCAAUCAAUACAGAGAGAGAAUUGCACGAGUUUCCUUUCCCUGCUGUCUUUCCAACUCUAGCAUGGUAUCAUCCUGUUAGAUCCUCAACUUCCGCUGCCUCCACUCCUUCCUCGCAACAUGAGCUCCUCGUCUGAUCUCUCCUCCGGCGGCUCUGAUUCCGACGAGGAGUUCGGCCCUCCCGUCGCCACCCAGAGCCUCCCCACUCUCCAAAUCCAGAGCCUUCGCAUCCGCGAUCAUGUCAUGGUCACCCUCGACUUCGAGAAGGAGAACUAUGGCCUGUGGCGUCGUCAGUUCCUCGACGCCCUCGCCAAGUUCGGGCUCACUCAUCAUGUCGAUGGCUCGCCGGCGCAGGCCACCUCCGACUGGGUGCUCGCCGACUUCGCGAUCCUAUCGUGGUACAACGCCACGGUGACUCCCUCGACCCUGGAGAUCGUCGCGGACCGCAAGGACAAGGCGUACACGCUCUGGAGGUCCCUCCGCUCCCUCUUCCGCAGCAACCGGGAUGCUCGCAUCACUUACCUCCUCGACGAGUUCCAUGGCUUCAUCCAGGGUGAGCUCUCCGUCGUCGACUACACCUCCAAACUCAAGCAGAUGGCAGACACUCUGCGGGACCUUGGGCAUCGCGUCAAGGAUCGGGAUCUCGUCCACAACGUCCUGCGCGGCCUCGACGACCGCUUCCAGCACGCCGUGCCACACAUGACCAGCGGGCGCCUUCCCACCUUCAUCAAGCUCCGCGCCUUUCUUCAGCUCGAGGAGCAACGGCUCGCCCGUCAGGCACGCGUCGCCGCCCGCUCCGCCCUUCUGGCGCAGGCGCACGCGUUCUACGCCGCUCGCCCUCCAGCACCGGCCCCCUCCUUCCACAUGGCGGCGCCCGGUGUUCAACCGGCAGGUGCGGGGCCCUCCGCUGGUUCUCCAGGGUCGCGCGGUCGCAAGAAGCGCAAGCACAACUCGUCUUCGGGCGCCGGCUCCUCCUCCGGCGGGGGCGUGCCCGCUCUCGGUCACCAUGGCGCUGGCUCACGCCCUCCUGCUCCCACUACUGUUGCCGGGACGUUCCAGGGCAUCCUCGGGGCGCGACCUCCUGCUCCCGCGACCCACCACGCGCUCCAGGCCACGUCCAGCCCGGCGCCGUCUCCGCAAUGGGACCAAGCCGCUCUCAUCGCGGCGCUCCACCAGAUGUCCGUACAGCCGCCCUCGACUCUUGGAGGCGACUGGGUGUUCGACAGCGGCGCGUCGUCCCACAUGAGUUCUGGUGCUGGAUCUAGCCACCAAGACGGUGCUUCUCCGAUGUGACUCCACCGGCGACCUCUAUACGUUGACGCCUCCACGCCACUGCCUCGCCGCCACCGUCACUGCCACCAUCUGGCACCAGCGCCUCGGACAUCCCGGUGCCGCCGUCCUCGCCAAGGCUUCUACCUACUUCAAGUUCACCAACAAUAAAAGCUCCAUGCCGUACUGCGAUGCUUGUCGUCUAGGCAAACACACUAGGCUCCCAUUUGUUUCUUCCCAUUCGCAAACUACUUUUCCCUUUGAACUUUGUCACUGUGAUGUAUGGACGAGUCCCGUCUUGAGUGUAUCCGGUUAUCAAUACUAUUUAGUUAUUCUCGAUGAUUUCA